AUGACUCCUCGCACUACAGAUCCGCAAUCUCGAGCAUCGGCGGCGUGUACCGCCUGUCGCAUUCGGCGCACCAAGUGCAUCGUGGACCCCGGACACGCGUCGUGCGACUAUUGCCAAAGCAAAGGUAUGGAGUGCACGUUCCAGGCUUUGGAUGACCGUAAGAGGCCAAAGUCCAAGGUCUACUUAAAUUCGCUGCUCGAAAACAUCCAAUCCCUCGAGCAACGGCUGCGGGAGGCUGGACACGAACCUCCUCAAUUCCAACACAGCGUUACCCAAGCCCAACCGACGCAGCAGCAUCGACGAAAUAUCUCCCUGCGUGGUGGACAGCCAGCACUGAGUACAGAUUCGACUGCCAAUAAAUCUCGGGUUCAAGCCACUAGCAGCUUAGAAGAUGCUGCACAGACAAGCCUCGAGGAAGAACGCAUCCAAGGCUCACCUGCCUCAGCUGACGCUUGCAUGGAGACUGUUCGGGAGCCGUCCGCUCGAGAGCAAAUCAAACUUCACAGCGCAGUGCGUCCACGAAGCUCUUCCGAGCCAUACCAGCUCGGCAACAGACAGGAUACCGUGUGGAAUCUAAUCUAUGGCCCUGACCGUUUUAUUUAUGACAAAAGAAAGGGCCGUAUCCACUACUUCAGUCCUUCUACCUGCUACAAGAGAUAUCUAAGCUCGAACGGCCAGGGGGCGCUCGAGCCGUCUCAACUGGACAAGCAUUCCUACAAGAUCCUCGCCGAUAUCCCCACGGAUCUGGAGAGCUAUCUCAUGGACCUCUUCUGGAGCCGAUACAACAGCACGCUAUGUGUCAUUGAUCAGCAGGCAUUCCGUAACGACCAAGCCAGUGGAGGCUCGACCUACUAUUCCGGUUUCCUCCAUCUUGCUUGUCUGGCCAUGGGUUUUCGAUUUGCGGACAAGACCCGGCGGGGGAUGCAACAAGUCACCCUCAGCGACACAUACAGUGUUUUCCAGCGAGAGGCGAAAUUUCUCUUGGACAGGGAACUCGAAGAUCCACAGGGCCUCACCAUCAUCCAAGCGAUGCUAGUCUUGAGCGACCUGGAAUGUGCCUACGGCAGGGACGAUCUGGCGGCCAUGCACAUAGCCACGUCUUGCCGGCUGGCUUUCGAUUUCGGCCUGAAUCUGGACUGUUCGAGGUUUCAACUGUCCGAGGCGGAGACGAAGUUCCGCAAAGACUUGCUCCAUUCGUGCUUGCUCUAUGAUCAGGCGUGGGCGCUGUAUGUGGAACGACCGACGAACAUGAAAAUCGCCGAUAUUUCAAGCUCGUGCCUGGCCAACCGCAUCUCCCACGUCAAGGAUGGCUCAGUGUUGCACGGGAAGUCCAUAAACGAGUCGCUGCCCACACAUGAGGAUAUUCAGGGGCAGAUAUUGGAUGCUCUCCUUGAGCUUUCCGAGCUCAGUUCGAGAAUUCAAGCCCUAGCACAGCCGAGGCUCAGUCUCGGGAGAAUUGCCGAUGAAGAUCGUUUGAUAGACGUCGCCGCGUUGGAUGCAAAGUUGAAGUCUUGGUAUACCAUGCUUCCCCCACGUCUUGCGUGGACAGAAGAAAACAUCAGAGAUGGGCCGCGUCUCUUCUUCAUAAUGCAUCAACAGUUCCAUGUCGCCCAACUCAAUCUUCAUGGGCCAUACGGACGAUACGAGGAUGCCUUGGGGGUAGAGAUGGAACAGUCUCACGUAUUUAACAGAGAGACCAGCGAUAGCGGCAAUGUCAGCGCGUUGCAACACCUGGCUCGAUCAAUCACUAUGAACGCAGCCAUGAAGAUCGCUCAGGGCUUUUCAACCUACCAGAAACGAUUCGGCACCUGCGAAACCGGCGUCUUCGCUCUUCAACAAGGCGGCACCGCUCUCCUGGCCUUGAUGUCCACCAUCAAAGUCAGCAACGAGGCAGGAAAGCGCAACUCGGGGUUGCACCACCUCUACACACUGACGGAGCAGCUACGGGAGAUGUCCCAGGUCUACAGCCCGGCCGAGGUGAUGUGCCACGUCGUCAAGCGCGAGAUGGAGCGGCUCGAUAUCGACUUCAAUGACUUGCCGACGCCACCCAACACGCCGGUCUACCCCAUCUCACCGUCAACAGCGAGCAGCGCACGACGCCCUCACUCUCGACAUUCUUCCGACUCUGACCCCGCGUCGAAGCGGCGACGUUUAUCGACCGACCAGGAGCUUCUGACAGUCUCCCACGCACCACGUCAACACAGUAACCUCGAUCGAACCGCACGCUUAUCCGGCGUAGGAUCCUCAGACCAACAUGGCGCCACGAAGCUUCCAAAUUCCGCGCCACCACCGUUAGAAUUACCCGACGGCCAAUCUUCCGGGACACUCCCCACGGCCAGCUUCGAGUCGAUAGAUCCCAUCCCCGACACCAUCCUGGACCUGAACGACAUACAAUGCUCUUCUUGGGCAAUGGGACUGUCCGACAUCUCCACACUCUUUGAUUUCCAAGGCAACGACCAGAUCGGCAAUGAGAUGCUCCUCCCCUUCGCCCCAGACAACCAAUACCUACCGGGAAUCGACCCGAACCUGAGGAUCUUGCCGGACGUUAUGCAAUACGGAUAG